GCACCCAAUGGCGCACGGUUGGGCGUUAAUUUUCGCGGACCAAAUUUUCCAUCCGGGUACUUUCAACAUGGACGGCAUUUCUGGUUACAUUAGCGAUUCUAGCGAAACAAGAAGUGGCGGAAAUUCUCCUGCAUUAAACACAUUGAGCGAAGAAUUUUUGAAGAAGCUCAGAGACAAAAGAAUGAAUAUAGCCUCUCAGCGCAGUCAAGCAGUAGAAGAACCAAGAGAAAUGUCUGGUCUUGAAAUCACUGGGCAACUUGAUCCUGUAAACAUUAAAAUGGAAGCUCUGAUAGAUAACGGUGAAGAUGCUGCUCCCAGUACAACAGACCAGCCCACUCCUGUGACGAUGUUACCACAAGACUCGAUCUCUGACCCUGUCAAAUCCAGGAAGUCACGCUCACGGUCCUCAUCGAGGUCCGUGUCUCGCUCAAAGUCCAGAUCACCCAAACCGUCAUCCAGAAGACACCGUUCAAGAUCGGAGUCCCCCAAACGCCGAAAACACUCCAGGUCCAGAACACCAAGGAGAAAGCGACGAUCCAGAUCCAGGUCCAGAUCCCCGACCCCAAGAAGGAGUCAUCGAUCCAGAUCCCGAACGCCAAAACGUAAAUCCUCAAGAUCCAAGACACCGAAAAGGAAGCGGCGCUCAAAGUCGAGAACGCCGAGACGCUCUCGAUCCAGAUCACCCAAGCGUCGACGUAGGUCGAGAUCGAGAUCUAGGUCUCGAUCGCCUUCCCGGCGACGUCGUUCCAGAUCGAAAACUCCUACCAGACGUAGGCGCCGUUCAGUGACCCGCUCCAGUGAUAAAAGACGGAAGCACAGUCGCUCUAGGUCCCGAGACAGAAAGCGCAGACGCAGUAGGUCUUAUUCUAGGGAGAGACGAAGAUCCUCUGAUAGGUCAAGACGACGCAAGCAUAACCGUAGUCGGAGUCGAAGUAGGAGCAAGACUCGAAGUAAAUCAAAGAGUCUAAGCCGAAGUCGCAGUCCAAGUCCUCACCGGGCACGCAGUUCUGACCCUGGCUCACCGGCCCGUGAGUCAGUUGUUCCUGAGCGCCGGGAUACCCACCCCGUCGUUGUUGACGCACCAUCCACGGCAAAGCAAAGUACGCCACACCAGGAGAGCAGCGUGUCCUCCUCGUCCCCGCGACUGGCUGACGUCAGCAGCUCCAAACUGAGGACGGUCGAUUCCUCCAGCAAGCGAGCCCGAUCGUCUUCGCUGAGCCCUGCCAGAUUGAGAUCUCCCUCUCCGAAGAAGACAGGAUCCGAGUCUAGAGAUGCGCGCUCCCGCUCCCGCUCCCCAUCAGCAUCCGGAAGUGAGCACUCCGUGUCUCCGUCCCCGAAGGCGAGAAAACAGGCCUCCCGAUCAAGAUCCCCAUCCCCAAAGCCCAAGACGUCAAGAAGAGCCCGGGAGUCCAGGUCCCGAUCUGCAUCCCCUGCCAGGAGGAAGACGAAAUCCGGUCGCAGGUCCCGGUCCCGUUCUCUCACACCCAAGAGAUCCAAACGGAAAUCACGCAGCCGCUCCCCAAAGCGGAGGCGACGCCGUGGCUCUCGCUCUCGAUCGCGAUCGCCCACGCCGGCAAGACGCAGUAAGUCAUCGCGAUCCCGACGGAGGUCCCGGUCUAGAUCACCGCCCCGCAAGAAGUCCAGGUCAAGGUCACGAAAGAGGUCGCGAUCCAAGUCACACAGACGGUCCAGGUCACGAUCUAGGAAGAGAUCACGCUCACCCAAGAGGCGUAGAAGAUCCAGGUCACGCAGCCCACGCAAGCGAAGACCAAAGUCCAGAUCGCGUUCCCCACGUCGCCGUCGCUCAAAAUCGAGAUCCCCAAGGAGGCGUCGGCGCACUCGCAGCCCUAGUCGCAGCCGUAGCCGUUCAGUCUCCCCCAUGACCCGGGUCAGAGACCCGGCCAUGCAUGCCCAGGAGGCCCUGGCGCGCCGGCUGGAGAGAGCCAAGAAGCUGAUGGAGAUGAAGGAGAAGCGAGACAAGGAGGAGAAGGUGAAGGCACUGAAGGAGGAGAAGGAUACGAAGGACACAGCCAUGGAGAAAGAGAUUGCCAAAGGAGUGGAGAAGGCCACCACAAGCCUGAACCCGCCUCCCCUGAUGUCCCUGACCCCCAUGGGCAUAGACCCCUUGAUCCAAGCCGCUGCAGCCGCCGCGGCCAUGCAAGCCAAGGUCCUAGCGCAGACCGGCAUCAGCAUGCCCAAGUACUACAACCCGCUGACUGUCAAUCCGGUACAGAUCGCUGAGCAGACACGCAAGAGGAAGCUGCUGUGGUCUAACAAGAAGGAUGAGAUGGCAGAGAAGGCAUCCAGCAACCAAUGGGAGAGGACUGCCUUUGACGACGAUGCCACCAAGGCUAAGUUCCGCCGUCUGAUGGGAAUUAAGGAGGGUGAAGAAGAUCCAGAAACUGCUGAAUCCGAGGAAGUGACUCGUCAGCAAGAGGAGCAAGCAAGACUUUUCAAGCAGCUAGACCAGGAGUACCAGAUAGCCCGCGUCAAGACCCACACCCAGAGAAGCUUUGGGCUGGGCUUUGGUAGCGGUGGUAUGGUAGUCCCCGCCCCAGCGCAACCCCAAGCUCAGGCCCCUCCCACAACCACAUCCAGCUAGACUAGGAGUAUCAGAUAGCCCGCGUCAGGACCCACACCCAGAGAAGCUUUUGGCUGGGCUUUGGUAGCGGUGGAAUGGUAGUCCCCGCCCCAGCGCAACCCCAAGCUCAGGCCCCUCCCACAACCACAUCCAGCUAGAUUAGGAGUACAAGAUAGCCCAUGCAAGACCCACACCCAGAGAAGCUUUGGGCUGGGCUUUGGAAGCGCGUUGGUAUGGUAGUCCCCACCCCAGCCUAACCCAACCCCAAACCAAGGCCCUAAGAAACAUACUAGGAAAUCACAAGCCUUGGCUCUUUGACAAGUUCAAUGAUUUAUAGUUUCUGCUAUGGAAGAUAUUAUGUUCCCACUACAAACUGAAGUACAUGUAUCUGAUUUGUAAGGUGCACAUUGAAGGAACGUAUAUUGUUUUUAUCUGACUAAUGCAUUUAUAAAGGUUGUAUGUCACGUACUGCACCUUACUUACCAAAUACAUCAGAUUGUGGCAAAACUUUUUGAUAUGUUUCAGAAUCUUUCACUCAAAAAAAAAGGAGUUUUAAAUGCCAACUGCCAAUGCAUUUUAAGGAUUAGGCCACAUCAUAGUGAUUUGCUAUUGUCAUUGCUGUAUAGGAUAUUAGGUGCAGAUAGAUGUGUAGUUGAAUUUCGAGAGGUGGCCUUGAAUAUUUCCACAUUUAUGACAAAUCAAGAGUGUUUUGUUUUGCUUUUUUGUUUUAGGCACUAGUAAUGAUUGCUAUUUUUUGGGGCUGUCAAAUUUGUUUGGAUUCAGGAGCCUAGUUUUCGCUUGUUUUGAAUCGUUAAUGCUGCCAUUAGUAGAGCUGGUCGAGCAACAGAACUGCAACGGAAUACUCUUGAUUAGUAACGGCAUCAAAAUGAUAAAGAUCAUAAUUUGGAUAAUGGCAAGUCGUUCCUAGUUUACAAAUGCCACGCGCUGUGGCACAAGGACUCCGCAAUGAAUCCCAACUACUGGUCUUGAAUUAAGAUUACCAUUUUCAUCCUCACCAGGAGUCCACAAUUUGUAGUGAGCUGACAUAGCCAGUGAACAUUUCAUUUGUUCUUCUUCUCAUGUAAAUAUAGCAACUGAGGUUUUGGACUUCACCAGGAUUUCAUUCACAUUAGUACUACAUUGUAUAAUGAUUUCAUGUAUUUCAAACAUAUUACUCAGUGACUUCAGCUUGACAAAGCUGAAUUGUUUUGGGGGUUUUUUUUGUGUGUUUUUUUAUGCAAUCUUUUUCCACAAAACAAACGUUGCGUAAACAUUCUUGUCCCCUUAAACUUACACCAGCUGAUUUUCCCCACUUCUUGCAAGGGGAAAAAACACUGAAUGUUAUCAGGUUAUUAAUAUUUUUCACCAAAAUAACUGGAUUACGAAAUGUCCGACUUCUCCCAUGACUAGCUUUCCUGUUUUUGAUGUGUGAUUUUUGUCCAUAAAAAAGUGUGGCUAAAUAUGGAAUGAUAUGUACAUGUAUGUGGAACUUCAAAAGGUCUUCAUACGAUGUAUGCUUUGAUGACAUUCAUUUCAGUGCAUAAAUGCUGUGUAUAUAACAAUGUACAUGAGUCGAUGACUUGUGAUUCACGUUCUUGAUUACUGAUUAUUUUUCAUUUUAGUACUGUUACUAGACUGUGAAUGUUCUGUUGAUAAUAUGUGCAUUUUGGUGUGUUGUAGCUCAGCAUAGUGUAGUUAAGGAAGGUAGUGCUUUGAAGAAAAAAAAUCAAUUGUUUACAAAUCUAAUCCUUAGAAAAAAAAAUUGUACCUUCAGCAACCACUUUUAUUAUAGGUGCAGUUAUAUUUUCUGCCUCAUUAAUAAGUUGGUGUUUGUUUGCAUCAUUACCCGUUUCAUGCCUUAGAUUGUAUAAAUUUACAACCAAGUUCAUUACAUGACUCUUUCUGUUUGAUUUUCUAACUUUCCCUUGUUGAAGAAAUGUUGCUCUCCUGUAAAAGCUCAGAACUUCAUUUUCUAGUGGAAUUGCCUCAUUUUUGUAGCACAGCGUAUCUUGUUAGGAACGUAUUUGGAAUGCUUUGUAUUUUUCAACUGGAAUUGGCCUAGUGAUAAAUGCAUAGCGAGAAACAUUCCCAAUUAUUAGAAGAGUUGAUGAUUCAAAUGAAGUGCUCCGUGCACACAUAAGUGGAGUUUUGAAAUGCAUUCUUCGAGGGCCAGAAUCUAAAGAAAUGCUCAAGUUGUUCAAGUCCUUCAGUGGCCCUAAGGUUGCUUUGUUAUAGGAUUUGUCUUGGUGAAGAAUUUUGUCAGAAAACAUGAAUUUUUUUGUUCAGAGUAUGUUUAUGUAGCCAGUUGUCUCCCUGAUUUUCCCUAAAUACAAGAAGAAAAUUGACUUUCGCAUGUGAAAAAUUAUAUCCCCAUGUUGCAAAAAUAGUAAUGAAGAAAUCAAGUAAAAUGUUAGUGAAGAAAAUAACAGUGUGUUGCAUUUGGAAAAUAUUGUUACAUAGCUAUAGACCUUAUUCAUGAGGACGCCAUUUUCGAUCGUGUUCCCUGAAUCUAUUUUAUAAAUUGUAAACUGUUGGAAUGGGAUGGUGCCAAUCCGCACUUUUAAAUCUUUCAAAUGUGGUUUAAAACAUUAGCGCAUGUUUAAUCACAAAUUUAAAAAUUAUUCAUCAGAGCAGACUGGUAUUAAGUUGUAAUGAUUUUUUAUUUAAUUGCUUUUCAUUUCUACUCUGACGUUCCAAAAAUAGAGUUUUACCUCACUUUCUGCUAGCUCUAUUGCAACCGUGGGAUUAAAUUUCAGUGAUUUAGUAUCGGCUGGUACGUGUGUUUGCAUAGCGCUUUCAUUAUUAGCAUAUAUGAAUAUAUGCAUGUUAAUUAGAACUUGCAAUUUAUUCAAAUGAAUGUACUAGUAAUUGUUGGUGAUGCGCAUGCAUGCCUAUUGGUAACUAUCUCCAACUUCAAAAUAUGUAUGCUAUGGAAUCUUGGUUUUUUUAUAUACAAUAAGAGUAGUAUGCAAAUUGUGUUUUGCUGCAAGUAUCAAGUUUGUUCCAAUAAAUAUGAUUUCCUAUUGCAAAGA